AGGAAGCCUCAUCUCCUCAGGCAGAUGAUCAUUUGUCAUCAAGACGACUUGUAGUUUACUAGUUGCUCCGAGAAGGAUCUAGCCCUUUAUUUUUGGAGAAUAUAAUUUCUGUGCAAACAUUUUUGAUACAGAAACUGAAGGAGCCAUUUCAAGUCUGCAAGAAGCCAAAGAACAUGGGAACCUGCCCCAUCAGAUGUCAAUCAAACCUAGCAAUCCUUGAAAAUCCACCUGAACAUGCAUCAACAGCCACAAUGGAAAGCAUUAUUGUAUCCCUCUAUAACUACCCAUCCUUUGGUCACAGAGAAGUGACCAUGCACAUUGGGGAAAGGCUCACCAUCGUAUCAGACGAUGGGGAUUUUCUGAUGGUGAGAUCCACAACCACAGGACAUGAGAGCUACAUUCCCACCAGCUACACCGCCAAGGUGACACACAGGUGGCUUUUCACAGGCAUCAGCAGGUACAAAGCAGUGGAGCUGCUCAUGCAGCCCAAUAACCAGAGUGGAUCCUUCUUGAUCCGAGAGUCAGAGACAAACAGAGAUUGUUACUCGCUGUCUGUCCUGAGGAAAAAUAACUCCUUGUACCAAGACUGUGUGAAGCACUACCGCAUCUCUCACCUCCAAAAUGGCUGGGUCUACAUAUCUCCAGGAAUCACCUUCCCCUCCCUGCAUCACCUGGUGGAACACUAUUCAGAGUUUGCAGAUGGAUUGUCCGGUCGGCUGACAACGCCUUGCUUCAUCGACGGUUUAGAUAAUGCAAGAGAGGCCAGGCCUGUGCCCACAGCCAUCAGGAGGCCUACUAUCAACUGGAAGGACAUAAGCAGGUCGGUGAUCUUCAGGAGGAAGAGAACAGAGUCGGACAACUCUCUGGUGAGCGAGGGGCUGAGGGAAGCCAUCAGCUCUUACCUGCAAAUGACAGAGGGCAACGAUCACAGCUGGGACACUUGAGGAAAGACAGUGGAUCAGUGUGAAAGAAUGAAGUCAGACGGAUGGAGAGCAGUCAAAUACUGACCUGACUCAUCUGCAUUUUGGGCAAGCCAAUUGAAGAGGUCGUCUGUACGCCCAAAUGUAGUCUUCCUACACUGCCCUGUAGUGGCAGGAGAAAUGAGACACUACAAUGCUUGGGGUUGUGACAUACUGUAUGUCAGCAAGAGACUGUUUUCUGUGUUCAAAGUGACACACAGUGGAUAUGUGAGCUGAAAAUUAAAAGACAGUGAGACAUUUGUUCUCAUUUGUUUUCAAACAUUGAAUGUAUUCAUUUACAACCUAAUUUGUACAUGCUGUUUGAAUGUAAUGUUGUAUGUUAAUAUUACUGUAAUAUGAUUGUUAUCAUUGGUAUGUUAUUGGAAUCCAAUAAAAUACGUCAGAUAUGUGAUGAAUGAGCAACACAUAAAACCACCUAAAAACGAGA